AUGCUGAAUCGAGAUCUGGCUAGCUCUGCGAGGAACCAUGGGUACGCCACAACACAAAUAGUCCAAAUUGCUACUCGGGCUGAGGCUAGCAAUGUCGAAGCAAGUACUUCAACAGGCAUCUUCCGUGUGGAACGAAGGAAUUUUGAACAUACAAGGCGCGAUGACUUGAAACGUCGUAGCAGAAUACCGUUCCGAGGUCCACAAUCUAAGCAGUUCCGAAACAAUAAUAAUCAGCAACUGAGGCGGAGUAACCAACGUUGCCCGAACUGCAAUUAUGAAAAGUUGCCCAAUCAUCGUUGUCCAGCCCUUACUAGAAAGUGUCGCAAAUGCAAACAAUUCGGCCAUUACGCUGAGGUUUGUCUAUCUAAACCAGUAUACGCUGUAGAGGAUAAUGCAGCUGCACUUACAAAACAGGAAAAUGACCAGGAAGUAAACGCACUUUCCAUCGAGGACGUGUUAAUAAAGUGUCACGUUGGUGGUUCUGCACCGAUAGAGUUCCUCAUAGACUCUGGCGCCGAUGUGAAUGUAAUCGCAGGGCACGACUGGUCUCAGCUUAAGAAAAUUUAUGAACAGGGUAAGCUUAACAUUUCGUUUUUAAAUCACACUGGAUAUAAUCAACUACGAGCGUACGGAACAAUACAGCCAUUAGUCGUGGAAUGCGCGUUUAGAGCAAAAGUGGAUGUUGUUGAACUUUCUAAGCCUAGCGUCGAAGCCGAAUUUUUAGUUGUUCAGACCGGACGCCGAUCCCUGCUGGGGUGGUCUACAGCUAACGACUUAAGGCUGCUGGAGGUUGGGGCUUCAGUCAAUGCUUGCCUAGAACAAAGCCAAAUCGAAGUUUUUCCCAAGAUGCCUGGAGUGAAGAUCAAGUUUAGUGUGGAUCCUAAAAUCCCACCUGUACGAAAUGCUUAUUUUAAUGUCCCCGCAUCCCUGCGCGAGGCUGCUAGAAAAAGACUAGAAUGCAUGGAAGCGCAAGGCAUAAUCGAAAAGGUCACAACUGCACCCGACUGGAUAAGCGGAAUGUCCGCUGUCCCCAAAGGGAAAAACGACUUUCGGUUAGUGGUCAACAUGAGGGCACCGAAUCGGGCUAUCAAAAGAGAAUACUUUCGGUUGCCCACAAUUGACGAAAUAAAGACUAAAUUACACGGAAGUAAAUAUUUCUCGAAGCUUGACUUGAGCAACGCUUUCUAUCAUUUGGAGCUCAGUAAAGAAUCGAGAGAACUCACGACAUUUCUUUCUGAAGCAGGAAUGUAUCGAUUCACACGCCUCAUGUUUGGCGUCAAUUGCGCGCCUGAGGUGUUUCAGCGAGAAAUGACCCGCAUCCUGGAAGAAGUCCCCAACGUCAUCGUAUAUAUUGAUGAUAUUCUUGUAUUUGCUAAAAGUUUACAAGAACUCCACGCGUCCAUUGCUUUGGUAUUACAAAUACUUAGAAGAAACAACCUUACUCUGAAUUCCGAAAAGUGUGAAUUUGAUAAACAACGAAUCAAAUUCCUCGGUCAUUUACUUGACGAAAAAGGUUUCCAUAUCGACGAGGAAAAGGUAAGGGCUGUUAACAAAUUUCGAGAACCGAAAACGGCUUCCGAACUUCGAAGCUUCUUAGGACUCGCGUCAUUCCUUGGGCCACAUAUUCAAAACUUCUCUGACUUGACUAACCCUCUCUGGUCCGUAGCAACCACUAAGUCCUGGAGUUGGGGGCCCUUGCAAAAAAAGUCUUUCGAAGAAACCAAAAAGCGCAUAGUUGAGUGCACCACGACAUUAGGCUAUUUUUCGAAUGAACACCGAACCAUACUUUACACCGAUGCUUCGCCGAAUGCUUUAGGCGCCGUACUGGUCCAAGAAAACGAAAGAAGUGUCGCUAGAGUUAUAAGCUUUGCAUCCAAAGCACUGACCGAAACCGAAAAACGAUACGCGCAAAACCAGCGGGAAGCCUUAGGUGCGGUAUGGGCCGUCGAACACUUCUCGUACUUUUUAUUUGGACGGCACUUCACCUUACGAACGGAUGCUCAAGGAGUGGCCUUCAUACUUAACAGGUCGCGAGAGAACACAAAAAGAGCAUUAACAAGAGCUGACGGCUGGGCUCUAAGACUUAGUCCGUACAGCUACACUGUAGAAUACGUACGCGGUAGCGAAAAUAUUGCCGACCCAUCGUCGCGGCUUUACUGCGGAAGUGAUGGUCCGUUUCAAGAUGAGGAGAGCCCUUGGGAAAUUGCGUCCUUGCAGACAUCAAGUUUUGAAUUCCUAACUGAAGAGAACAUUAAAGAUGCCACAUUGGAUGACAAUUUACUCCAGAAAGUCAUGGCAUGUCUGGAUUUAAACGAGUGGGACAAAGAUACACAAAAUUUCAAAGCCUUCGCUGAAGACCUUUCAGUUAAAGACGGGAUAUUAAUCAAGCGAGGUUGCGCUGUUAUUCCACACUCACUCCGAGAAACAGCCUUGAAUGUUGCUCAUUCAGGACAUCCAAGGGCAGCAAAAAUGAAAAGCAUCAUGCGCGAGCGAGUAUGGUGGCCAGGCAUGGCUACGGAUGUCGAAAAAUGGGUUCACGCGUGUCAAACAUGUGCCACUAAUGGCCGGCCCGAAAAACCAGCUCCAAUGCAACGUAGCUUUGCGCCUAAAGCUGUAUGGCAUACAAUCGCCAUUGACUUCAAUGGCCCUUAUGCGAAGUUCAAUGGGAUAUCGAUAUUUGUUGUAGUCGAUUGUAGAUCGAGAUAUCUGAUCGCUAAGCCAGUUCAAUCAACGAGCUUUGAAAACGUCAAAAAGGUUCUUGACGAGAUCUUCGAUAAAGAGGGUUUCCCUCAUAACAUUAAGAGUGACAACGGCCCACCUUUCAACGGGUCAGAAUACAAAAAUUAUUGUUCUGAGCGGGGUAUAAAUUUAAUAUACUCAAUGCCAUAUCACCCGCAACAAAAUGGACUCGUGGAAGGGUACAUGAAGUUGAUCAACCGAGCCAUGGCUGCUGCAGUUAGCAGGGGAACGUCGUACGUUGAAGAGAUCCGGAACGCGGUACAAUCACACAAUGCUGCCGAGCAUUCAGUAACUAAAAUACCCCCAGAAGAAGUUCUCUCGGGUAGGAAAAUAAGAAGACGGCUACCACUGUUGUGUCCGGGAAGAUCAGAGUUCGAUGAUAACGAACUAAAUGAAAGGGAUCGAAAAUCAAAACUUCAAGGUAAGCGUACUGAAGAUUCACGUCGCGGUGCGAAAGCAUGUUCUGUCAAACCCGGGGACAUCGUUAUCGUAGAGAGGGUUAUGCGUUCUAAGGGCGAGAGCCGUUUUGAUCCGAAACGAUACACCGUUAUCAAGGAACGAAAUGGUGAUCUCCUGCUCAGUGACGAAAUGGGACAAACUUUGAAGCGUAACGUUGUGCACACACGUAGGGUCCACGAAUGGAAAGUGUUCAAUCAACCGCCUUUAAAUGAUCUCGUUGGACAAGGAAGGCCUUCGCGCGAAAGAAAGGUUCCUGUUCACCUACAGGAUUAUGUGCGAGUCUGCGAGCAGGAAGUAAACGAACGAAGCGAGAUCACCCAGCAACUAAAAUAG